AUGCGGUGCCACUACGAUGUGCUGAGCGUGGAUCGAUCCGCAUCAGCGGACGAGAUCAAAUCCGCGUAUCGCAAGCUCGCGUUACAGUGGCACCCCGAUAAGAAUCAGAACAAUGUCGAGCACGCUACAGCGAUGUUCAAGCAGAUCCAGAGCGCGUACGAAGUGCUCAGCGAUAAGCACGAGCGAGCGUGGUACGACAGCCAUCGCGACUCGAUCCUUCGCGGCGAGACACACCACGACGGCGAAAACCACGACGAAGACGAAGACGAAGAUCUGUGGGGUUACUUCUCCGCCUCCGCGUACUCUGGUUACGGCGACACGGGCGAAGGGUUUUACGCAGUGUAUGCGAAGAUUUUCGACGAGAUCUUCGAGAAGGAGCUCGCGUCGGCUCGGCGCGCGGCGCAGAAGGGGGAGGAGGUGGACAUGUCGGCGCCGCCGUUCGGCAAGAGGGACAGCUCAGCUGCUGACGUGUCGGCGUUCUUCAAGUACUGGCAGUCGUUCGUGAGCGUGCGCGACUUUUCGUGGAAGGAUCAGUACAAUCUGGCCGAGGCGCCCAAUCGACGGGUGCGGCGGCUGAUGGAGGAGGAGAACGCGAAGCUUCGAAGGAAGGCGAAGCGCGAGUUCAACGAGGCGGUUCGCCAGCUGGCGGCGUUCGUGAAGAAGCGCGACCCGCGCGUGAAGGAGCAGCAGGCGGAGGCGCGGCGCGUGGCGGCGGAGCGCGAGGCGGAGGCGAAGCGGCGGAGGGAGGAGGAGCGGAGAGAGAAGGCGCGACGUGCGCAGGAGUAUGAAGACCCGGAGUGGGCGCGGGGGGAGGGGGAGGACGAGGGGGAGGAGGACGAGGAUGAGGAGGGGGUUGGAGUGGAGGGGCGCGGAGAGGGCGAGGGGAGGCGGAAGGCGGGGAGGAUGGAUGAGGAUGAUGAUUGGUUUGGGGAGAAUAAGAAAGGGGGGCGGAAGGGGAAGGGAAAAGGAAAGGGAGGAGCAGGGGCAGGGGCAGGGGGAGGGGCAGGGGCAGAUGGAUCCGUAACUGUGGCAAACGGGCAGGGCGACGGGCAGGGUUCGGAGAGAGGCGGAGGCAAGAAGAAAAAGAAGAAGGGCCGGCAGGGAGACGCACACACGGGGGGAGGAGGCAGCGCGCAGGGGAACGGGAGAGGGCAUGCGGUUGGGGAAGGGGAGGCGGAACUAGGUAAGGCAGGGAUGGGUGGGGACGGUGCGGUGGGGAUGGGUGAGGUGGGGUUGGAUGAGGCGUACUGCGUGGUGUGCAGCAAGGCGUUCAGGAGCGCGCAGCAGCUGGGGAACCACGAGCGCAGCAAGAAGCACCUGGUGCGCCUGGCGCAGCUCAGGGCGGAACUGAUGGCGGACGAACUGGCGGAGGCGCAGGGGGGCGAGGGGGAUGGGGAGGAGGGGGAGGAAGUGGAAGAGGAGGACGGAGAGGAGGUGGAGGAGGUGGAGAUGGCAGAGGGGAAGGAGGGAGAUGGCGAUGGGGAUGGGGAUGGGGAAGCGGUUGGUGCGCUCAUUUUUUGUCCAAUUUGCACCUUUGUGGGAUUCAUCAGGCUCCGCACCAUCGCAUCUGCCACCUGCGUGCCUCUUCCCCCUCUUCUCAUGCCUCGUGCCCUCACCACCACCACAUCACUUCUCCUCACACUCACGAUCUGCCCAUGCCUCCAACCUUUCCCCCCUACCAGGAACCAACUGUUCAAGCACAUAGCAACCAAGGGACAUGCACAGCUCAAGACGUGA